AGGAAGAUAUGCCAGUGCCUCGUCAGGCAAUCCUACGAUCCUCCCAGGAGCCUCGCAGGAACACCGUAAUGACACCAUUGAAGCCUCCCAAGAGCGUUGCAGAGGCACAGUAACACCUUACCUCCGACCUAGCUGAGGCUGUAGGAGGAUCAGACGAAGUCAUCCAUCCUGCUGGACCGCCUGACGAGCCCUGAACAGUGCGCAUGUCUUCCGCUGCUAACGUCUCUCGGUAACCCGUCGAUACCACCAGGCCAUUAUUAUACCCUCAGCAUGUCCUCGUCCCACUGUCGCGACUCUCCCCUGCCUCAGCUAGGAUGUUCGCAGCUGAAGAAGGCAUCCCAUUUGAUGGAAGCAAUGUUCCUCCUGGUCUCUAUUCGCCCAGCAAUACCUUGACUUGCCGACCCCUCAAUUAUAUGUCCCAACACACCAGUGGCGAGGAGCCUACGUAUGGCCAGAUCUUUCCUAGUAGGUACAUGCUGCAGUAUGCAACAGAGGGUCAGGAUAUGUAUCACGGCACAAUGCUACAAGGUGACGCAUAUGCACGUGCACCUUCUUAUCAGGAUCACCUGGUGCCCUCUAGGCCAUUCCGUGAGCCACAACAUGCUAUGGAUAUGGGGCCAAUGCGUGCCCCAGAACCUCUCGCAACCUACGGCCCUCCCAAGAUGUACCUGGUACAGCAAGAUGGCUCUCUCCACACUGCGGAUGCACCUGAGCGCCACACCCCAGCGAGCAAUUCCCCUGGCUCUAGCAGAGUGCAACCUGCAGCCCAUGAAAGCACAUAAGUUGCGGGAUCAUAAGGGAGACGUUGUAGGUGAUGUACCGGCUCUGUAAGGGUGUUCGCAGUGUGCCCAUUUUGUCCUCUCGUCAUUUCUGUAAUUAACCAUGGUUGUGGGACUUGAAAGCUUUAGUCAUCCCCUCCCACCCAUUUGCAACAAAAGAUGUUGAGCCUGUGUUAUGUCAUAUGGAAUAUAUGAUGUUAUUGUUGAUUAUUUUGUUGCUUGAAUCAUUUAGAUGAGGCUGCCACGAAACCUCGAGCUCAAAAAAUCUUUACGGCCGAGAGCCUCUUCCCAGCGUCUCCGGAAGUCAGUGAAGAGCGUCGAGAUAACAAAAUGAAUGGAAAAAAGAGAAAUGGCAUUGGGAGGACAUACGGGGAAGAAGACCAUUAUAGUAAUAAAACCCCGGUUUCACGAUACACUAACAUCACUCCAAAUACGCAAGUCUC